AUGCGUCUGCAAGCUUUUACCGCUUUAGCCACGUUGGCUGCUACAUCGGCCUGCCAGACCCUCUGGGCUCGCGAUGUCGACUACAAGGCGCUUAGCAAAGAGCUUUCGUCCUCAGCAAAGGUCUAUUUCCCUGGAUCUGAUGAGUUCGAUGCUGCUUCGAAGCGAUGGUCCAACCUCGACACCCCAAGUGUGAACAUUGUCGUCGUUCCUGCCACUGAGAAUGAUGUCGUCGAGAUUGUCAAAUAUGCCAACAAAAAGAACUUGCCCUUCCUGGCAUACAACAGCGCUCAUGGAGCAAUCACCACUUUGGGACAGAUGACACAGGGUAUCGAGAUUUAUCUCAAUCAGCUCUCUGGUGUUGAGAUCGCCGAGGAUGGAAAGAGCGUCACCAUCCUUGGUGGAACCAAAUCUAAGCUUGUGACCCACACCCUUUGGGAGGCUGGCAAGCAGACAGUCACUGGCUGCUGUGAGUGUGUCGGCUAUGUCGGACCCGCUCUUGGUGGAGGCCAUGGCUGGCUCCAGGGUCGCCACGGGCUCAUUGCUGACCAGUUCGAGUCGAUGAACAUCGUACUGUCCAACGGGACUCUUGCCACAAUUGAUUCCAACUCCGAGCUCUGGUGGGCUUUGAAGGGUGCUGGACACAACUUCGGUAUCAUCACCUCCAUCACCUCCAAGUCUUAUAACAUUAAACAUAAGAACUGGGCAUUCGAAAGUCUGACUUUCAAGGGCGACAAGGUUGAGGAGCUCUACAAGAUCACCAACGAAAACAUCCUCAAGAAUGGCACUCAGCCAACUGAUUUGAUAAACUGGUCAUACUGGUACAAUAUUCCUGAUGUGGACCCCACAGGUCCUAUUGUCCAGAUCCUCCUCAUCCAAGAAGGCGUCGAGUCAGUCGACAAGGCAUACAGUGCCCCCUUCCACAAACUGAAGCCCCUCACGGUUGAUAGGAAGAAGGGUCUUUACACAGAUCUUGCCAAGUGGGUCGGUAUCACUACUGAAGACGGCCCUUGUCAAAAGAAUAGAGCUAUGAACCCGCGAUUCCCCAUCUACCUCGAGACAUUCAACCCCGCUGCGCAGAAGAAAGCUUUUGACUUCUUCGCUGAGCACGUCCGUGGCGGCUCUGUCUUCAAUAACUCUCUGGUCACCUUUGAUGGAUAUUCCACCGAGGGCGUCAAGUCCAUUGAUGCUAAGAGUACUGCCUUUGCCUACAGAGAUCAGAACAUUCUCGUCGGUCCAUUGAUCACUUACCAACCCAAUGGAACUGAGUUGGACAAUAAGGCCUCUGAGGUUGGCCACAAGAUCCGGGAGAUCCUACAUGAGGGAACUGGACGAGAGCACGUGCCAGCGUAUGUCAAUUAUGCUUUUGGCGAUGAAGGUCCUGAGCAGUGGUAUGGCAGUGAGAGCUGGAGACAAAGCCGUCUGCAGAAGUUGAAAGAGACUUACGAUCCUCAGGGAUUGUUCAGCUUCUACGCCCCGAUAGCUUAG